GAUCGUAUCGUGAUGACGUCAUCGCAUGCCACACUAGAUUUAACUACACGUACACGUAUAUACACAAACACAUGUAUAUAGAUACACAUUAAUAUACGUAGAUCAUUACGUGUAAGACAAGAUUCUCUUCUUUUGACAAACGUCUCAGUGACUCAGUCUAUAAAUUUCAUUUAACCCAUUGCGAUAUUCUCUUCUCCAUCUUCAUCGAUAAUCUCUCUAACUUCUUUCUCUCAUCUUCUCGGGGAAAUAUACUCUAUUUUCAGUUCUUUUGAAUCUUUAAAUAUUUGAUUACUUGUGUUAGGACAAAAAUAAUCUUUGAAAAUUUCCAAUGUCGGAAGAAUAUGAAGAAUCGGACAUUAUAUUUUCCGAGCAAGCCACGAUCCAAGAGUGUAACCAGAAAACUAGAUUCUCUAACAUCAGAAAUGACGAGAAGGGCACAAGGCAGCGUGUGGCUGCGAAGAAAACAUCUCCCAUGAGUAUUCCGGUGAAUAAUUUCCGGCGUACGGAAUGGGAAACGACUGAGGAGGAGGAGGAGGAGGAGGAGGAGGAGGAGGAUAAGACUCCUCCACAUGUGAUAGUCGAAAGAAGGUUGAAAGAGCAAAUAGCGUUUUCCGUUUGUGCCCUUAAAGGAAGAGACCUGAAUCGUCACCGCAACUCCGUUCUUAGGAUGACCGGCUUCUUAGAGGCUUGAUUUAUUUAACCGGCCGGUUCAGUUUGUACUAUUUUAAUCAACUGACCGGUUUUUUCUUUUUUUUUCUUUUUCUUCGGGUGUGUGAUUGGAUGAAUCCAAGACAUGUCUUGCAAUAGAAUUAUUUUAAUGUGAGUCUAGUUUUUUUUUAAUUA